UUGUUAAUGCACAACAACUCAAGCUUGUCAAUCUCGCACUCUAUAAAUACUCCCCCCCAAAACCUCUCUCACAUACACACAGGCACUUACAGAAACAGAUAAUUUAAUAAAUCAUUUUAUAGUUUAUCUUCAUAUUCUGUUCACAACGCGAAUGGCUCAUCAUCAGGAGCAGGACAAUGUAGUUUUGUUGGAUUUUUGGCCAAGCUCUUAUGCAAUGAGGGUGAAGAUUGCUUUGGCCGUGAAGGGCCUUGCAUAUGAAUGCAAGCAGGAAGACCUGCAGGCCAAAAGCUCUAUGCUUCUGGAGAAGAAUCCAGUUCACAAAAUGAUCCCAGUUAUGAUUCACAAUGGAAAUCCCAUCUGUGAGUCCUUGAAUAUUGUUCAGUACAUUGAUGAGACCUGGAACCAUGAGCCACUCCUUCUUCCCUCUGAUCCUUAUCAGAGAUCCCAAGUCAGGUUUUGGGGUGAUUACAUAGACAAUAAUGUAUACAGAAUAGGAAAGAAAGUAUGGACAAUGAAAGGGAAAGAACAAGAAGAAGGGAAAAAAGAGUUCAUAGAGUGCCUCAAGAGGCUUGAAGGACAGCUUGGGGAGAAGGCUUAUUUUGGAGGGGAGAAGCUAGGGUAUGUGGAUGUCGCUCUAGUUCCAUUCACCAGCUGGUUCUAUACCUACGAGACAUUUGGGAAUUUAAGCAUAGAAGGAGAGUGUCCAAAGCUCGUGGCUUGGGCCAAGAGGUGCAUGGAAAGCCAGAGUGUGGCUAAAUCCCUGCCUCACCCUCACAAAGUCCAUGAAUUUGCCAUUCAAUUUAAGAAGAGAAAUGCGUUGGAAUAAGGAGGAAAGAAGGCAUGCUUUGUACUCAAAGGAUAGUCAUUGAACCAGUAUUUUUUAUCCAUUACUACUAGUGUCCGUCCGCCAAAAUAAACAAUGCGAUCGUGCGAACAGUCAUUAAUAUCUGUGUUUCAUUUUUUCGCUGUUUGUUUGUUAUGCUGCUGUUUUUGGUCAAGUACUUCAUGCAUUUUGUAUUCAUGGAGCUUGGAACAAUAAAGGUGCCUUGAUCUGUGACACAAAUUUUUCCAUUCUCAAUCCCAUCUGUAUCGACCCUUUCUAUUUAUGAGAUCUUGUUUUUAAAUCGAAAAACAAAUCUUUCAA